AUGAUCCAACAUGGUGCAGCAUCUAUUUUCCAGAGCAAUGACAGUGGAGAAACUGAUGCGGAUCUGGACAUUGAAGAAUUGCUCAAAGAAUCAGAAGAGAAAACGAAAGAGUUAAAUGAGAAGUAUGCAAGUUUGAACUUGAAUGCCCUUCAAAAUUUCACUAACGACGAGUCUGUGUACGAGUGGAAUGGUGAAAACUUCAAGAAGAAAGAACCUACAGCGAUUACCAAUAUAGGGCAUGGCUGGAUCAAUCCUAGUAAGAGAGAACGGAAGGAGAAUUACUCGAUUGACAUGUAUUAUAAAGACGUUUUGAACUCAGGUAGCAGAUCAACACCAAGAAGCGGCCCGAAACCCCCAAAGCAACUCAACAUUUACGAUCACCAAUUCUUCCCACCAAAGUUGAUGGAGUUAUAUGAAAUGGAAAAAAACUACUAUAAAAAACAAACCAACUAUAGCGUUCCUUUAAGAAGUGGUACUGCCAAAGACUUGGCAGAGCGUGAAUUAGAGCAGAAAUUGGAGCAAGAGGAGAUUGAAAAUUCAAGACCACUUACGGAGGAAGAAAAGGAGUUGAAGCAGGAGUUGUUGACACAAGGCUUCAACAACUGGAAUAGAAAAGAUUUCAUUCAUUUCAUCCUGGUCUGUACUAAGUACGGAAGAAAUGCGAUUUCAUUAAUCGCCGCUGAGUUUGAAGAUAAGACGGUGGAAGAAGUGAGAGAUUACGCUCGAGCCUUUUGGACCCGAUACGAAGAAAUUGAUGGAUACGAAAAACUAAUCAAUCAAAUCGAGCAAGGAGAAGAGAAGAUUGCAAGAAUUAAGAUUCAGAAGGAGAGUCUCCGCAGAAAAAUAUCACUGUACAGAUACCCACUUCAAGAGCUUGUUUUGAAGUAUCCACCUGCUGCUACGAAUAAGCGGACAUUCACAGACGAAGAAGAUCGGUUUUUACUCGUUCAGAUGUACAGAUUUGGGCUUGAUCGUGGCGAUUUAUAUGAGAGAAUACGCGACAUGAUUAGGAAAAGUCCACUACUUCGUCUUGAUUUUUUCUUGCAGUCAAGGACGACUGCAGAGUUAUCCAGGAGAUGCAACACACUUAUCGCGUGUGUGUUAAAAGAGAUACACCCCAAGGCGCCAGCCGUGAAAAGUACGGAAGGUUCGAAAGAGGGGUCGAAAAAGCGGGCUUCAACUCUGUCCUCAAAAGCAACCUCUAAGAAAGCUAGAAGCAAAUGA